AUGGUAGGUCUGUCUUGCUUCGCAUGCAUGAGAGCACGGAGAACAAGCGUCCUGUGGCUGCCGUCACCAUUUCGCAACCCAUGGCUUUGCAAGUCGAGGAGAAGAUCAACGAAGAGCUGGAUGCGGCCUCGGCUGAAGCAUCGAGAUGACCCUGCCGAGGUCAAGCCGGCUGAGGCAAGCCGAGGCACGAAGCGCUCGGAUGGGCAAUCGUGGGAAGCCUACCUGCUAGCACCGCCCAAGUGGCCUAGAUUCGCGAUGACGGCACCAAUGAAGACUGCUUUUCGUGAGAGGAUGGCGCGUCCGCGCUUGCAAGAAACUAGGGAUUCGCGGCAGGACAGGAGCGACUCAAGAGAUUCUCGUGAUUCGACGGACAGAUUGCAUCCAAGAGCCGCGUUCCACCCACCCAAAGCCGCCUUCCGAGCUCCAGAGCCGAUUCCACCCAUCCCACGAGAUGAUUCGCGAGACUCCAGAGACUCAAACGACUCCAGGGAUUCGCGCGAGGAUUGGUACGGAUGGCUUCAAUGGUCCGGUCACAAAGGUGCAGAUGCGUCUUGGCAUAGGUCCAAGGAUUCUGCGACCGCGUGGCAGAGGCCUGGGAAGUCCUCGGCUGGAGGGGAGACGACUUGGGCGCUAAAGGAGCUCGCUGAGGUUCGAAAAAAGCUUGUUGCCACCGAGGAGGCAUUGUGCCAGGAAAAGAGUCUGCGCGCCAACUUGCAGGAGAAGCAAGACGUAGAAGAGAAGCAGGUGCAGAAGCUUCAGGCUAGCUGGCAAGAGCAACAAGAGCAGCUCGCAUUGCUAAAGGACGCGGAGGCCAGCUGGCGGCAGCAGCAAUGUCUAGCUGAUGAGAAGCUAAAGCAGCUGCAGGCUCAAUUGAAUGAUGAGAAUGUGAGGCGGAUCCAUGCAGAGGAGCAGCUCGAGAAGUUGCGACCGCUCACAAGUUCCGUCAACCAUGGGGCAUUUUGGCAGUACGAGCUGGACGGUUGCUGGCAUGCAUUCACGCCGGAGGGCAGCGAGCAGAUGCACCGUGCCUAUGUGGAAUACCUCGCCGACGGCCAGAAGUGUUGCACGGCGACCAUAGUAGCUGGGGGCGUUGCACGCCUGGUUGAUUUCAGGCGAAUGACCCAACAGCAUACCAUCACCAAAAAAGUGCGCAAUAUCCGCAUUCGCAUGGGGGUACCGGCGCAGUGGGAGAGUAGCCCAGCAGUUCUGCUUACACAGAGCGACAACUUGGAAUCUUGUUAUGUGGAAGUGAAAGAUCGGCCCAUGCUCGAGUGGAUUAGGGUCAUCCUCGUAAAGACAGGUCACUUUCGCGACUGGUCAAGUCCUUGCUUCUGCAUGCAGAAAGCGGAGGUCAAGUCAGUCCACCGCAUUGAGAACUUUCGGCUUUGGCAUCGUUAUCAGACCAGGCUUGCUGCGAUGAGGGAGGACCAUACGAAAUACAACGUCUCUGUGCAACAUGCAGAUCUCGAACUAGAUUUUAGCAUACAUUCGGGCGUGAUGACUUUUUCUCAAUCUUAUCUGAAUUGUGGGGAGACCAUGGCCUCUGAUGUGCAAGAGAAGAUACUGUUGCAUGGUACCUCCUGGGAGAAUGCUGAUGCCAUCGUCAUGGAUGGCUUCGAUCAUAGGACGUGCGCUCGCGGUAUGUACGGGGAUGGUGUCUACUUUGCAGGUGCUGCCUGCAAGUGCCACCAGUACACAUGCCAAACGCACAGUGGCAAGGCGUGCUCGUGUAAACACGAGAGGACCUUGAUCAUUGCUCGUGUGGCGCUUGGUGAUGCUUUCCACGCAUCUCAAACCCGAAAAGGGGAACGUCGGCCUCCCAAAAGAGAUGGUGCAACAGGUACACAUGGUUCUGUUGUUGUGAACCCUGGGCGAAUCCAUGGGCAUCACAAUCCCAAUCAAAUUCACCAGGAGUUCGUCAUAUUCGAUCGAGAGCAAGCUUACCCUGCGUUUGUUGUCCAAUACGUGCUCUGA